AUGUGUAUAUUAGAUAUGUAAAUUGUGUUGUGUAAAUCUGAUGUUUAUUGUAAAUUGGUAUACGUCUCAUCACUGUCAUGACUGAUAUGUUGCUAGGAACUGGAGUCAUGUGGAUUACUUUUAUGCUGCCUAAAUAUGACAUUUGGACCAUCAAAUAGUCAGCAGACUGAUGGCAUCUGUAUACUUGCAUUGAAUGGACAAACAAAGCUGAAAUGUGCUUAAAAAUAUUCACUUUGGUUGUGCUGAAGAAGGAAAGUCAUACACAUCUGAGAUGGUUUAAAGGUAAGUAAAUUAUGAGAGGAUUUUCAUUUUUGGGUGAACUAAUCCUUUAAAACUUGGAAGUGUUGGACCCCACUGACUUGCACAGUUUGGACAAACAGAUUUUAUAUCUCCAUCAAAAUAUAUUUGUGUUCAGCAGAAGAAUGUCUUAUGAGUUUGAGACGUUCACUAAUGCAUUAAAAGACUGUUAUCACAUACACCUUUUAAUGAUAAAAAAUGUGCUAGUAGUAUACUUACUGUAUGUUAAAAAAAAGAUGUAUUAACAAAUGCAACCUUAUUUUAAAGUGUUACUGAUAUUUUUUUUAUAGAACUUGUUUCAUUCAAUUCUGCACAUUGCAUCCUAAAGCUUCUGCUUGUGUUUUUGUGAUUGAUUUUUGUGUAGAGGUUUUUUUUUUCAAUCAACCCACCCACUGGCACCAAAACAAAUGGCAAAAGAAUCUGAAAGGUUUCAGAGAAGAGGAACAACACAGUCAACCCAAAUGUGAGUACUCUUUUCAAAAGGUUAAUGGAUUGAAUAAUUAAGCAAGCACAGUAGUUUCAAAUGUGUUUAAACCAGGACACUUCUAUCGAAAGGCACUUUUCAACAUAACUAAAUCUCUUUUUUCAACAUGUUUAUGAGUUAAUUAUGAGUUGUUUGUUUACACAUCCACAUGUAUUCUGUAAUACCUAACCAAAUAUGAUUUGGAUAGGAAUUUGCAUUAAGGUGAAAUGAUGUCACUGUGUUAUGAUCAAAUAUGCUGACGGUUUUACUAAAUGUUUUACUUGCAGCAGCAGCUUUGAAUUUGGUUUUAUUGAUUUGAAAAGAAAUUAAAAUACAGUUUAUUCUAAAAAAAGUUAAUGAAUUUACCCCAAAAAAUGUGGCAAACAAUAUAUUACAGUUGUAAUAUAUUACAGUAGUAUCCAUUGUAAUUGAUCAUGUUUUCCAUACAUUUUACUGUAAAACUAUUUUACAGCAAAAUCUUGGCCUUUUGGGUAUUUACAGGAUUGCAUUGGAAACUCUAGUUGUCAUGUAACUACUGUAAUUCAGUAUAAUUGUGAAAAAUAACUGAAAAGUAGAUUACAAGUUUAACUCAAUAUUACUGUAAAAAAAUGUAUAAACUACUGCAUUUCUCAAACAAAAAUUAGCUGUAAUUUGCUUUCCAGUAUUAUGCUGUAAUUUGUUUUACAGCAUUUAACAACAUUCUUACAGUACAUUAUUAUCAUAUUUUUCCAGGUAAUUCCUGUACAUUUUACAGUAAAUGUUUUUUUACAGUGUGUCUACCGCACACACACACACACACACACACACACACAUACACACACACACACACACAGUUGUGUUUCCAUGUUUUAUGGGGACUUUCCAUAGACAUAAUGGUUUUUAUACUGUACAAACUAUAGAUUCUAUCCUCUAAACCUAACCCUACCCCUAAACCUAACCCUCACAGACAACUUUCUGCAUUUUUACAUUUUCAAAAAACACAAUUUUGUAUGAUUUAUAAGCUGUUUUCCUCAUGGGGACCGACAAAAUGUCCCCACAAGGUCAAACAUUUCGGGUUUUACUAUCCUUAUGGGGACAUUUGGUCCCCACAAAGUGAUAAAUACACACUCACACACGCGCACACACACACACACAUACACACACACACACAUACACGCACACACACAUACACACACAUACACACACACACACGCACACAUACACACACACACAUACACACACACACACACACACACACAUACACACACACACACACACACACACAUACACGCACACACACACACACACACGCACGCACACACACGCACGCACACACACACACACGCACACACACACACACACGCACGCACACACGCACACACGCACGCACCCACACACACACACACACACACACACACAAACACACACACAUGCACACACACACAUGCGAAACAGGUGAUUAUUUUAUUUCUAGUAAGGGAAUUGUACAAUUAGUGCAAUCCUCUGAGUAGCAGGUUAGCGGCUAGCUGUUUAAAAAUGGUGGUUCUGGACUAUUCUUCUUUCUCAAUGCUUUGUGUGUCAUAGGUUUUUGAACAAUCACAGGCUGCAGCAACUCCCACAGUCUGGCAUAGUCCCUAUAUGCCCCCAACUAUGAGCUUGAAAUCCCCCUAAAAUGUUUCUGAUGAACUAUAGUUCCUUAGGUGCGAAAACGACGAAAAGUACUAGUUCUGCGGAAAAGUACCUAAAAUGGUUUUUAGUCCCUGCAGUGGGAAAGGACCUAAAACCAAAGCAAUAUCCCUUUAAUUUGUUACAUAUCUAAUUACUUGAUACUUGAUCCAAAAUGGAAAUAAACGAAUUAUUUGAUAAAUUAUAAGUAGUAGUCCCCCCCUGACUAAUCUACAGUUGACAUUACAUUUAUAAUUGCAUGUUAAAUAUUAUAAUGUCUUUUGUUGCUUAUGCUUGGGGACUUGCUAUUGGCUGUUGUAUUUGCAUAAAUAAUGAAAUACGUAUUUGCAGAUUUUUGGACUGCUAUUAAUACAAAUCUAAAAGUAAUUGGGGGUCAUAGGUAUCUUUCAAAUUCCAUUUAAUGUUAAUGAUGCAAUUUUAUGUUUUGACAAGAAUGUAUUUUAUGUUACUGUUGGUGAAAUUAUUGUUCCUUUAAAUAACUUGUAAUCCCAUUCAAGUCAGGAUCAAGUUCUCCUACUAAUGGCUAGUGCAGUUUGUGAGUGUGGUAAUUAUUAUUUGUAGAAUAAAGACUUGUUUUGGCUGAUCCUCUACCUGGUAAUUUCUUCCCAGAAACAUCUCGUGCAACAAUAUUUUAUUUUUUAAUAUAUAAAAUAUUUUUUACUGUUAUGGUUAUGUUUGCUUGAUGAGAAAUAAUAGUACUAGUCUACUUAUAAUGUUCUUGACAGCGUGGGGGCCCCCUGAAAGAUCGGGGGCCCUACGCAACUUGAUUAUUGACUUGUUUCAUGUGAUAUCACCGUAAAACCGUGAUACUGCUGUUUACUUGCCAUAGCCAAAAUGCUAUUUUUCUUUUAUUGAAAUUAUAUAUUUCAAGUGACAAGGCUUAAUUCCGCUAAAGUUAAGCAGUGAUGAAGGGGGAUAAAACACUUUUUGGUUUUUGCUAAUUAAUUCAGACAUGUCAGUUAUCUGUGCACAUAAUCAAGUCAGAUACAAUUAAACUGGAAAUGCACAUAGGACAAGAUUCAGACAUGUAUACACAUUUACUAGUAAUUGGGAUGGAUCAAAAGCAACUUUUUUAUGUUUUUCUUGAUAUUGUUUCUUGAUUCAUUGCUUUCUCCCACUGAUAGUCACAAACAUGGUAUAUGCAAGUAAAAAGUGACGUCACUGAAACAGGUCAAUUGGGAGGACCGGCACUGAACCUGUGGAAAUUUGCAGUGAAUUUAAGUUCCUUUAUGCAUAAAUUCCUAACACACUUCCACAAAGAAGUUCCUUUUUGUCUAACUACUUCCCACGCAAAUAAGGAAGCUUCACGAGAGCUACUAUUCCAGUAGUUCACUGCAUAGGUAUUACCAUCUUGACCACUUGUGUUAAAGUGUGAAUGAAAGCAUAGAUCAGGUUAAGAUUCUGAAAAUGGAUGGAGAAGAAAGCAAAAACAGGAAUUAUGACAUCUAUGCCAAUGCUCAAGCAAUAAGAAGUCAACUCAGUAACAAGAUUGCAGACUCUAACACAGCAAGAAUCCAGUCAUCGAAACAAAAAGGAUCUGAGUGUGUGAAGAACAGAAGCUUCAGGACAGCUACAGUGUGUUUGGGGCUGCUGUGUGUUCUUCUGCUGACUGUAGUCAUAGUGCUGUGUGUCAAGCACACUCAAGAGAGAGAGCAGUUCAUAUUUAACAAUGAUAAUCUGACUAAAGAGCGAGACCAGCUUAAACGAGAGACAAAUGAAUUCCAGAUGACUCUUGGUAAAGUGGAUGGAUGGAUUUACUAUCAAUCCAGUUUUUACUACAUUUCCUCUGAGAAGAAAAGUUGGAGUGAAAGCAAAAUAGACUGUAUAGAGAGAGGAGCAUAUCUGGUGAUCAUUAACAACAGAGAGGAACAAGAGUUUGUUGUGAACAUUACUGUUGGUAUCAUUAUCUGGAUUGGUCUGACUGACAGUGAUGAAGAGGGCACAUGGAAAUGGGUCGAUGGCAGCAUACCGACCUCUGUGUUCUGGAGGGAUACGGAGCCCGGUGGCAAUUCUGGAGAGAACUGUGCUCUUAUUGAUUCACCAAAGUGGGCUGACUAUUCAUGUGAUUCUGAGAUUAAAUGGAUCUGUGAGAAGAGCUUUGCAAAAGAGCCCAUUACAUAAAAUACAUCUUUCUUCACAUUUAUGAAUGGAUAGAUAAUUUACUCUUGUGUGUGUGCUUAUCAUCAGUUUGACUACAUGUUGGUAUAAGAAACACUAUAGAAAAUUUGCGCAGUUCUUGUGUUUGUGUAUUUACCAACAAUUUUCCGAUGUUUUCCAAUAGGAUGGUUAUUUCCUUUUACAGCAGCUCGUAGCUGCGGGUCGCUCAAAAUAAACACAGGAUAGCGCCACAGAGACACAGUUUUGAGAAAAUUAACUUAUGAACGGCCUACUAAUAGUUGUCUCUGCGUAAAACGUUGGGAUAAAAGAUAAAAAAGUUGGGAUAGAAGGAUGCAUUUUAACAUUGAAAAAGUUAUAUACUUUAAGCCAAAAUGCAAUGUACUUAAAAAAACUCUACUUACAUAAUAUCUAGAUAAAUCAACUCAAAACUGUGAUUUAUUUGGGUUCAACAGUACAGACAGUAUGCAAUUUGUUGACCUGGCCACAUCCACAGUCCUCAUGCCUCCAUGCAGCAUGCCUAAGGCACGUUCAUGCAGAUGAGGAGGGACCCUGGACAUCUUUCUUUUGGUGUUUUUCAGAGUCAGUAGAAAGGUCUCUUUAUUGCAUAAGUUUUCAUAACUGUGACCUUAAUUGCCUACCAUCUGUAAGCUGUUAGUGACUUAAUGACCGUUCCACAGGUGCAUAUUCAAUAAUUGUUUAUGGUUCAUUGAACAACCAUGGGAAAAUUGUUUAAACCCUUUAUAAUAAAGAUCU